AUGUUCAGAACCAGUGCCGCGGCUGCUGGAUGGCGCUGCGCCUCCUUCUCGGGCGAGCGGCCUGCCCCUGCGGGCGAUGGCCGGGGUUGCUGGUGGUUGGCGGCGCCGCCGUUCGUGCCAGGCGCGGGCCAGCGCCACGUGCGCCCUGGCGCUGACAUCGAGGCGCUGCUGGGCGAGCUGGCUGGCGCCGCGUGCGAGCGGCCUUCGUCUGGGAAGCUGCCGACGAUUGGGGAUAUGGGUGCAGAUUUCCUUGGCGAGGAGCGGGGCGAGCUGUGCAUGGCGGACGCGGCUUGGCCGCCUGUCCCUGCGCCUGUCAUCGGCGGGCCCCUCUUCGGAGGCGUGGGCCCAUUGUCGCCCGCGGGGCGGACAGGGGCGGCGUCGGGCGGCCCAGCCGAGUCGCGAUCUGCAGGUGGAGUCAACCGAUGUUGA